CUGUAAACAGCAUUCGGCCUUGGAAAACUUCACCUUUGCUCUCGAGAUCUUUUUUUUUUUUUUUUCCUCUGGCUGGUGUUGCGCGCUGUGAGUCAGUGUGAACAUCAAUGAGGAGGUGACCUUGCUUGGUGCACGUGAUAUUCAGGAUAAUUAACCCCCAUGGGAUGUACAACCCUGUGGGGCAACCCUCAUAACCCUGCAGAGCAACUAAAUACUGUGGAACCUGACCCUGUGGGACAACCCUCAUAACCCUGCUGGAAAAGCCAUGCAAACAUGUCUCACAUCAAGAAGCUGGCAAUCCUUGGUGUGAGGAGUUUUGGGCCAGACGAGAGCAAGGUGAUUGAGUUCAACCGGCCGCUUACCCUCAUCCUGGGCCAGAAUGGAUGUGGCAAGACGACCAUCAUUGAGUCCCUUAAGUAUGUCACCACGGGGGACACGCCACCUGGGAGUGGCAGCGGCUCCUCCUUCGUCCAUGACCCAAAGAUGGCUCGGGAGAUGAAGGUCAAAGGUCAGGUGAAGCUCCAGUUCAGUAAUGUGCGAGGGAAGCUGAUGACAGCAAUGCGGUCCAUGGAGGCCACACAGAAGCCCAAGAAGGUGGAGGUGAAGACCAUCACCACCACCAUCGCCAUGAGGGACGACAGUGGCCACGUCACCACCAUCGACGGAAAGUGUAAUGAUGUUUUGGCAAGCAUGGCUACAUACUUGGGAGUUUCCAAGGCAAUCCUGAACAAUGUGAUCUUUUGCCAUCAAGAAGAAUCAAACUGGCCCCUGGAUGAAGGAAAGAAGGUGAAGGAGAAGUUUGAUGCCAUCUUCAGUGCCACACUGUACAUCAAGACACUGGAGGCCAUAAAAAAGCAUCGCAAGGACAUGAUGUUAAACAUUAAAAACAUGAAAAUCCAUCUGGACCUUCUGCGGCAACUGAAGGAAGAGGCGAGGCGGAAGCAGACAGACCUGGAGGACUCAGAGAAGCAGGAGAGGAGCCUCAUAGACGAGAAGGAGCAGAUAGCGGUGGAGAUGGUGCCAGUGCUCAAGAGACUGAAGGAGAUUGCCAGGGUGGAGGACGACUUAGUUGCCAUCAAGGAAGAAUUGGCUGGAAAAAAUCACCAGCUGAAGUCACUGAGAGAGAUCCAAGAGGAAUUGAGAGCAUCACUGACUGAACAGUUCAGUUGUUCAGACCAAGAGCUUUUUAACAUGAUAUCUGACUUCAAGGAGAACUUGGAGAAAGCUGAGGGUCAACAGCAGAGGCUGAUGUCUGAAGGAUGGGAGAUAGACAAGGAGAUGCAGGAGAGGCAGCAGGAGUCAGCAUGUGCCCAGAGGAGGCAGGGGGAGCUGGAGGCAGCUUACGCGACACACAAGAGGGAGCUGGUGUGGAGGAACACAACCAUGGCAGACCUGGUGCGGGAGUUUUCCUUAUCAGAGUUCAGGAAUGUGAGUGAGUUCUGUGACCAGGAGGCAGAGGCGGUGCUGUCCCUGCUCAUGAAGCACGUGGAGCAGCAGCGUGCUGACAUCCAGACCAAGAAGAAAGAGUUUGAGGAGAACGAAGCAGAGUUACAAACUAAGAUUGACGAGUUAAGGUCUGAGGAAGCUGCUCUACAGUACAAGAUAAAGAGCAAAAGCACUGAGCUCAGUGAGAUGAACCAGAAGAUCAGAGAAAAGAAGCAGAAAUUAAUGCGGACUGAGAGUGAGCUUUCCUACACCAACCUGAACACAAUCAAGGAGGAGCUGGCCCAGAUGGAGGAGAAGAUCCAGGCAGAGGAGGCACAAGUCAGCACUAAAGUGAUGGUGGAGGAAAUAGAUGAGGAGAAGAGGAAGAGGCGUGAGCUGCAGGGGAACCUUGAUGAGGCCAAGCGCUUGGUGUCCAAGAUGACACGGCAGGCGGAGGACCGCUCCCAGCUGGACAUCCACACCAAAGAGAGGAAGGACCUGGAGAAUAAGAUUGAGUUUCUGAAACGUAAACAUGCUGAAGAGUUUGAGCACCUUCUUGGUGAAAUGCCCCAGGACAACAUCAAGAACAAAGUGGACACCUGCAUGCACAGCCUGCGAAAGUGCAUAGCAGAGACCCAGGAAAGCCUGUCAUCCCUGAACAAGAGGAAGGCUCAGCUGGACACAACCAUCAAGAGCCUCAAAGUUCAAACAGAAAGGAAAGAGAAGGAGAUCACUGAAUUGGAAAACAAGGUGAACAGCAUCUGUGGAGGAAUGGACUUGGACAGGUCUCUGGUCAAAGCUAAAAAGACAAAGGAAGACUUGACACGUGAGAAAGCAGACCUGGCUAGCUCCAUUGGUGUGCUCAAAAAAUUUCAGGACAGGUUGAGACAGAAGGAUUGUUGUCCUUUAUGUCACAGAGAUUUUGUCGCCAAAGAUGAAGUUUUGUCUCUCAUCGAAGAGCUGGAGGAGAAAGUGAGCAGAAUCCCUGAGAAGCUGACAGCUGUGAAAGACAAGCUUGAGGAUCAGGAGAAGCUGCACGACCAGAUGAUCCAGCUGCAGCCUCAGAGGGACCGGGCCAUCCAAGUGCAUUCCGAACUGGAGAAAAUCAGGGCACAGAUGGAGGAAGACAUGAAGGAGCUGCAGUCUGUAAACCAGGAUAUUGAGAACAAGACUGAGCUGUUGGAGAUGACCCAGAGUGAUGAGGAGACAGCCCACAGCAUCCAUGGGGAUGUCACCACCAUAGAGAACCACCUGAAGCGUGUGAAGCAGCUAGGGGUGCUGAUAGAGGACUUACAGGCCACACUGGGAGGUGCAGAUGGAGGCCUGAGUUUGGAGGAGGCCAUGGCGCAGCAUGGAGAGAUGGAGGACCACCACCGCAAGACUCAACUCAGGUUGGAAGAGCUGCAGGAGAAGCUGAGAGAGCACCAAGACCGCCUGCAGGGAUACAAGAACCGCAAACUUGAGCUUUCCAGACAGGAACUUGAGCUGAAGAACAAAAUGCAAGAGAUGGAAAAGCUGAAGGAGGAAAAGACUUGCUUGGAGGAAAACCACAAGCAAUUGGAGGAGGAAAUAGAACAAGCUCAGGUUGAGAUUGCUCCCUACAAGUACAGGAUCAGUGAGAAGACCAAAGAAAAGACCCAGAUUACCAAGAACAAAGAGAACUACAUUGAUGCAGAAAACAAGAAAGUAAAUGCUGUCCUGGAGAAACACCGAUCUGCUUUCAACACUCACUCCAGCAUCAGUGAAUACAUUGCUGGUGGUGGCAAGAAAAACCUGCUUGACAUCCACCAGAAAAUCUCAUCCUUGCAAGAAAAGAUAAGUUCCUUGGAAUCACGAAAGCAGUUGCUCAAUGAGGAAAACCGGAAACUAGAGAAGGAGAUCACCAAUCAUAGAGAAAGGAAGAGGAAUCUUGACGAUGAGAAAAAGAUCCGAGAAAAGGAGAGAGAAGCCAAGACAGUUCAGCGUGAAAUCUCCUCCUUGGAGGAGCGUAUCGGAGGAUUCAGCUUGGAGACUCUCACUGAGGAGAAGAUGCAGCUCAGCAAUAGAGGAACUUCCCUUCAGACAAAGAAAUCAAAACUGGAAGGCAAUCUUCAAGAACUGGAAAAAAAAAUUUCACUCUUGAAGAGGGACCUUGAGCGCAAAGAGAUGAAAGAAGCUGCUUAUAACUUCAAGAAGAAAAUGCUGGAGUUGAAGUGCACCGAGAUGGCUGUUGAGGAUGCCAACAUCUACCACAAGGUGCUAGACACAGCCAUCAUGCGCUUUCAUCGUGAGAAGAUGAAAACACUCAACAGCAUCGUACGGGAGCUGUGGCGCCAGACCUACAAGGGCAAUGACAUCGACUACAUAGAAAUUAGAACUAAAGACACCGAGGCCAAAGGAGCUGACAAGCGGCAGACAUAUGACUACAGAGUAAUCAUGGUUAAAAAUGAUACUGAGAUGGACAUGCGAGGGAGGUGCUCUGCUGGCCAGAAAGUGUUGGCUUCGCUGCUCAUCAGGAUGGCUCUUGCCGAGACCUUCAGUUCCCAGUGUGGUAUCCUGGCUUUGGAUGAACCUACGACCAACCUGGACAGAGAAAACAUUGAUGCGCUUGCUAUGGCCUUGACUGAGAUUGUAAAUGCUCGCAGAAACAGGGCCAGCAGCCAGCUCAUUGUCAUCAGCCACGACUCAAAUUUCCUAGAGAAGUUGGCUUACUCGUCUCUUGUUGAUGAAUACAUUGAGGUGACCAGGAAUGAAAUGGGUUUAUCACAAAUCACCAAGUGUAGGACCAAGGAAGCCACAAGAGUGUGAGACAGCCAAACUGUUCCAGUCAACUGUGGGAGUCUGUUUUAUUAUAAUUAUUUUUACAUUAAAUUUGUUCCUUACUUGAUUUUUACAAGAAUUAGAUUGUUUGACACACACAGUUACAAAAGUUAAGCACACAACACAAAACACAAGAAAAUAAAAAUUAACUCAUAAGUAA